CUCCCGUCGCGACGCAGCGCUCAAGGCGCCUGCGCAGACCCUGAAAAGCGGCCAGGGUGGCCCCGGGCUUUCCUUUUCCGGUUGGAGCGCCGCGCGGUGAAGUUCUGUUGUCCACGCUCGCAACCAUGCCGUCCAAGGGCCCGCUGCAGUCGGUGCAGGUCUUCGGACGCAAGAAGACAGCCACAGCUGUGGCGCACUGCAAACGCGGCAAUGGUCUCAUCAAGGUGAAUGGGCGGCCCCUGGAGAUGAUUGAGCCGCGCACGCUGCAAUACAAGCUGCUGGAGCCAGUUCUGCUGCUUGGUAAGGAGCGAUUUGCUGGUGUGGACAUCCGUGUCCGUGUGAAGGGUGGUGGUCACGUGGCCCAGAUUUAUGCUAUCCGUCAGUCCAUCUCCAAAGCCCUGGUGGCCUAUUACCAGAAAUAUGUGGAUGAGGCUUCCAAGAAGGAGAUCAAAGACAUCCUCAUCCAGUAUGACCGGACCCUGCUGGUAGCUGAUCCCCGUCGCUGCGAGUCCAAAAAGUUUGGAGGCCCUGGUGCCCGUGCUCGCUACCAGAAAUCCUACCGAUAAGCCCAUCAUGACUAUCAAAAUUCAUCUGUGUAAUAAAGAGUUUUUGAGGGAUUUUAAAGUUUCAA